UGCGACUUCUCAUCGUGUCAAGUAUUCCUCCUGAAGCCGAGUGAUAUAUUUAUUUUCAGUGAUUUUAAGUGCUUAUUUGCAAUAUUUUAUUUCGAUUUCAAAAUUUGAUCGGUGUGUUAGUGAUUCUUAACAAUUUUAUAAAAAAAUUUGUAUACGUGCAUAUCAAUGGAAACCGAACCACCAAUUAUAAAGUUGGCAACAAGAAGGAAAAGUGUUUUUGCAGAAACAUACAAUCCGGAGGAAGAUGAAGAAGAUGAUGGACUCAAGAUUGUGCAUCCGAAAACUGACGCGCAACGAGAAAGGUUGGCUGACAGCAUAAAACAUAUUCUUCUCUUUCGAUCGCUAGAUGAGGAUCAAAUGACUGAUGUAUUGGAUGCGAUGUUUGAAAAGAUUGUGAAAUCUGGAGAAAUAGUUAUCCGACAAGGUGAUGAUGGUGACAAUUUCUACGUCAUUGAGAGAGGAAAAUUCGAAGUAUACGUAAGAGAUCAAACAGAUAUGGAAUCUUUAAUACAUACAUAUGAUAAUCGUGGUGCUUUCGGCGAGCUUGCACUCCUUUAUAAUAUGCCAAGAGCGGCCACUAUCAAGGCCAUCACGAAUGGUACACUAUGGGCUAUGGAUAGGCAAACUUUUCGACGUAUUUUAUUGAAGUCUGCUUAUAAAAAGCGCAAGAUGUAUGAGGAUCUUAUCAAUAAGGUUCCGAUGCUUAAAUCUCUCGAGCCAUAUGAGCGUAUGAAUUUAGCGGAUGCUCUAGUACCAAAACAUUAUUCAGAUGGCGAUCAGAUCAUCAAACAAGGCGAUUCAGCCGAUGGAAUGUAUUUUGUCGAGGAUGGUAUCGUUAGGAUCACCAUAAGAGGAGAUGAUGGUCGCGAAAUCGAGAUUAAUAGAGUUCCCGCUGGUGGAUACUUAGGCGAAUUGGCGCUAGUGACACAUAAACCUCGCGCUGCUUCGGCCUACGCUGUGGGCGAAGUAAAACUGGCCUUUUUGGACGUUGAAGCUUUUGAACGCUUACUUGGGCCUUGCAUGGAACUUAUGAAGCGUAAUAUCGAGGAUUAUGAGGAUCAGAUAAUCAAAAUCUUUGGCAGCAAAACUAAUAUUUCAGAUAUUCGAUGAACUAUUUGCGGAUAGUGAUACAUUGCACUGCUGUACUAAAGAUAUGAUGCUUUUGUACAGUAAUGUAAAAUGAGCACAAACUUGUACACCUACUUUAUGAAUCUCAUCCGCGUGUUUUCAAGUAUCAUCUCGAGUCGACUUUCGUAAUGACUAUUUACUUAGACGUGUACCAGUAAGAAUCGUCGUUAAUAGUUACCAAGUUUAUACCUAUGACACACAGUGAAGAGAUAACAAAAAAAAAAAAAAAAGAAAAAAGAAAAAAAAACGAGAAAAAUUAUAAUCUCGACUGAUUCAUAUCUGCAAUAUAAUACUGAAGUGAAUUUUUCAAGACUGUAUCAGAUCAAGAAGUAUUAGCCUAUCUUGUCAUGUGCUCGAAAUAUUUACAAGAUAGAAAUCUGAAUAUUAAAUAAGAUUUUUUAUUGAAUUAUUCAUAAAAAAAAAAAAAAAAAAAAUAGAGAAUAAUGCGAUAUAUCGAAAAACUUACAAAGUUUCUAAAUAAUGUACUUUUAUGUCAUUCUUAUACUUAAUAUUUUAGCAACUGUAUUCCAUUUUACUAAAAAUAUAAAGAAUCAAUAAAUUAAAUUAUUUUCUAUAUUUCGAUAAUUAUUAUCGAUUAUAUUUCAGAGAUUAAGAUACUUUUAGAGUAUCUUGUGUUUGUUCACGAAGUAACAUUUUUAUCGAUAACUUAUUGAAAAUAUUAGCUUGCUUAUGAAAUUAGAUAUUGAAAAUAGCAUAUGUAAUAAAAAUCCUAAUCAUGAAUGUAUUUUUAUCAUGAUGAUAAAAAAAAAACAUAAAUGCUAUAUUAGAAAAAUUAAAAAUGUAAAAUGGUAAAGAGCACAAUAGACAAGUUAGAACAAUUGUCAGUACCUACAAGAUUUUUAAAUGCAAAAUAACUAUUUUCUAUAAGAAUGUGUGGCAUUUAAGUUUAUCUCUAAAAAGAAGAGAAUAGGAGAAUUUUUAAAUAUUUCGUCUAAUAAUCUCUCUUUUUCACGUACACACAUACAUAUAUAUUUAAUAGAACUAUUUUUCUAAUUCAUGUUCCUAAUUUUAUGAUUUGCUUGAAUUAAUUAUUACGAAAUAUAUUCGCGUAGCGCACAAUAUUCUUUAUUUAAUUGUUUAUUACAUAUAUAUGCGCACAAUAUUAUUGAUCAUUAUUAUAUUUUAUCUACAUAUAUUAUUUAUAUUUGUUAUUAUUUAGGAUUGUUUGUUAACAAAUUGGAGCAUAUUUCGAACAAUAAUGUACUCAAUAAUUUACAAUAUUUAUGAUUAUAUCACUUCAUAAUGAGCUAUUUUUAAAAGUCCACGCUAUAUUUUGAAACGAAACAAAUAGUUUCUUACUGCAGAGUCAAGUAUGGAGCUAUAAUUUUUUGCAGAAUUAUUACAAUAAUGCUGCGAAAAAGAUAGCUGAAUCUUAGUCUCGAAUCAUUUUCAUGUGUGUCUUAUCGGUGAAUCCUGGUAACAAAAAUCGACCAAAAGAAACCUAUAAACCUAUUUUUGUUACACGUGUAUGAUACACGUUAUACAUGUAUGAUAUACGUCUAGCAUCAUAAAAAAAGAAACAAAAAAAAAAAAAAAAAAAAAUGUUUGAACUAAUUUGAACGUUGUGCGAACAAGUGCAUAUACUAGUCACUUUUUAAUGACCGUCUUUUCGUCAUGUUUUCUUCUUGACGAAAUCAGAGAAAAACGGUCAAAUGUAAUUUUUAUUACUAUGAAACAAGAAAAAACUAUGUAUUCAUUGUACGACUGAAAGUUAGAAGCAUUAAGCUUUCUAAAUAAUAUCACAAUCACGGAGGAAAAAGGAAGAAGAGACUAGUAUUGUGAGAAAAAAAAUAAACCAAUAUAGCAAUAGAGAUUGUUAAUGAAAUAUUAUAUUAUUAAUUUUUAUUCAUGAGUUUUAAUUUUUGUUAAGUUUGUUCAUUUUUAUUAUUAAAAUUUAUUAUUAAAUUUUAAUUUUUUGCAAUAUAUAGAUCAAAACAUCGAAAAAAAAUUCAUAGAAAUACUUUUGAUCUGAAUUUCAAUGAUCUGUGCCAUUUUGUUCAAUUGUUUUUUUGGGACUUCAGUUGAAGUUUUAGCCAUCUUAGUCUUCCACCGUGUCUCCAGGCUGUGAUAUUAUUUUCGGCGGAAUAUUUCAUUCCUUUCGUUCUAUAUAAUACAAAACAGAUAUUUCUCGAUACUAUAGCUUCCAACAAAAAAAAAAAAAGAAAUUGAAAAAAAGAAAAAUUGGAAGGAGUGAAGAAAGAAUAGGAGAAUCUAAAAAAACUAUUAUAGAAUUGAAGAAUUCUUAAAUUAUAUCAAGCCGAACUUAAUUAUUGAUUCCAUUUUUAAAAUGAAUGAAUCAAAAGUUCCGACCGAUUCCAAUUAUGACUAGAUCGGAGAAAAAAAAUCGGGCAAUUAAAAAUGAGAAAAAAGAAUAUAUAUAUACAUAUAUAAAUAUAAAUAUAUAAAUACGAGUAGAUACAUACAUAUAUAUGUAAUAUAUUUAUAUUUAUAUAUAUUUAAUAUAGUGGAAGACUAUUCUCGCACACCGAAUUGAAAUGUAUAUUUAGACGAAGAGUACUUAUCUGUGCAGAGCCAAUGUUCGGAUAAUUUAAAUGUAAAUGCUUAAGUAGAGUUGACCCAAUUUAAAUUUACUGUAUGUAUCUAACAAGUGUGGUCUCUCCUACGUGUUGCGUGUUGCCCUUUCGUGUGUGUGACGACCAAACGAAUAAAUUUUUAUUCUUUGAUUAACAUGAGCUAUCGUCGUUAGAUAUUUUCGUCUAUGCGGUUGUAUGUUUCGUGUAAUCAUUACUAAAAAAGUAAUUGAACAGUAUAAAAAAAAAAAAAAAAAAAUUAAAAAAUGGUAAUUAAGAGCGCUACGAAUGAAUCUCAUUUAUAAUUCUUAUACACGUUACUCUCUCUUUAUUGUGUCACACAGAGUUCCUUUUCUUGGUUGCUUCCAAAAUAGAAAAACAUUCGAUCGUGCAUGAAUUUGAAGCGUGCCAGGUUGUUUCAAGUCGGUACGAUCUUGCUCGUUCAUCAAUCUAGUCCAAAAUAUUUAAAGAAGAAAGAAUAUUUCUUGACCGUCUAAUGGAAUGUACCAAGUUUGAUAAUGGGUUAUUCUAUUGAUUGCAUACAUCCAAAGAGUUGAAAAUUUAAAGAUAUUGGAUAUUAAAUCAUCCUAUAAUCAAUGUAAAUUUUUUUAAAUUAAUUUUCCUGUUUUUUACAAAUUUCUUUAUUUGUGAGCAUUGAUAAUUUUUUUUCAUUUAUAUAAUUUUACAAAUUUUUACAUUUAUUAAUGUAAUAUUUCUUUAAAAAUAGAUUUUUUAAUCAAAAUCUUCUAAUUUCUUUUUUUUUUGAUGAUUUGUCUUAUGUUAUCUUGAUAAAAGAAAACUUUCUUUCAAAUGAAUAAAUACUUUUAUUUUUAUUGAUUUAAAUAGAACUGUUUGUUCAUUAGAUUGUUCAAUACAAUUUUGUACUUAUAAUUUAAUUUAACUCAAAGUAUUGAUUUUUAUUAAUUUAAACAGAAUUUUUAGCCGAUUGUCUUACUUGAUAUUCAUCAUAUUCAUUACUAUUUUUCAUCACAAUUGUGUAAAAAUUAUAAAAUUCGCAUUAUUGUGGGAUGAACUGAUAUUUGAUCAACGAUAUUGUUAAUUGAAUAAUAAUAUAAUUUAUUUGAUUUGAUUAAUAGAAUUUUUCUUUUGAUUUUUAUCGCGAUUAAUAAAUUGAUUAUAAUAAAAUCGAUUGUUGAAUUCAACAUGUUAAGAAUGCAUCAAUGUAACCCAUCGUGUUCCUCGCGUACAAUUUCCAUAUUGCUAUUAACGUCCGUUUUCCAGAAAAACUGUUACAUAUUGGCACGCAUGUUUAAUUAAGUGUAAGAGUCUCUUAACAUCGGACCAAAUAUUUUAAAAUGAAAAAAAAAAAAAAAAAUCGGAGAAAGAGCUUAUUUUUUUUUUUUUGCGCUUUUUAUUCUAUCUCUGUCUCUCAUUGUUUCUAAUCGUGGUUUCUAAGGGAAAAGAUAGUGCGCUGAGUUAUAAAUAGAUUAUUGUAAAUGUAUUUGAAGUGCACGCCGCGUGCAUAAAGUAAUAACUAAAAAUCUUUGUCGUGUCUUAUUAUCCUCCGUGUAAAAGUGAACAUGGAUUUGCUCUCGAUUGCUACUCUCAACUUUAAUCACACUAACUUUGUAUCAAAAAAAAAAAA